GAUUCUUGUUGUCUUCAUCACAGGAGAGAGAGUGAUUCAGAAACAGACUGAGAAUUUGGCUUUGGAGAUUCUGGUCAAUCCUUUUGCACAAACAGUGAAACACUCCAUCAAGAAACUCCUGACCUCACCAGCACCAGUAAAGUACAUCAUCUAUGCUGGCCAUGUGUUCCAAAGUUCUGGAGCUUGGGUCCUACAGGAUGACACGUUUGCCUUCAACAGUUUUUCUCAGAUUUUCAAGAACAUUGAUGUGGAGAAUGCUCUGAAACAGAACACCUCAGCUGCAUUGACCAUUUACACCCUGGCGGAGAACAUCUGGGAAACAAGUGUCAACAGAGCUGACUUUAUCAGCAGUGUCAGAGUACACGUGAACCCUACACACAAGCUGGACAACACCCAUGGUGUCUCACAGUUUGUAGACUAUGUGGAAAGUUUAGUCAAAGUUGUCCCUAUCACUAGCUUGCUUCGAGCCUCUGAACAGUUUGGGAACAUUAGCUUCACUCGCCCAACUCUGUAUAUCUUCCCAGGCUGUCAGGGGGACUCUGCUCUCUUUGGGAUCAACGGUUUUAACUUGCUGGUCAAUGGGGGGUACAAUAGACGAGCUUGUUUUUGGGAUUUUGCUAGGCAUUUAGACAGAAUUGAUGCUUUACUAAUGACACAUUUAGGAACAGAUAAUAUCUUUGGUCUGAAAACCAUUUUGCAAAGAAAAAGCUUAGAGAAUGUUCAUCCUCAGAUCGGAUAUCUGUACUUUAAUGUUCUGGAAAAAAUUGGGGCUCUCCAAAAAGAAGGAGAAGCAAGUGUUGAUUCAAGUAAGAAAAGUCUACUCCUAAACCUUGCUGCAGAAGCCAAUAAGAUAACACAGAUGGCCAAACAAUUGGGUAUCAAUCCACAUCCAUGUUCUCGUAAUGCUGCAGCUGCCAACUGUGAACCAAUAAAUCUUUAUCAUAAACUUGGCCAUGGAUCUCUUGACAUGUAUGUUUUAAAUCCAGCAGCCGACAGCAAAGAACUGAAAGAAUUCUAUCAACUGCUAGAGAAGGAGAGCAGCAACUUAGGAACAAGUGGUGCAUUUCCUUUGCAGAAUGUGCUGUCUGUUUGCUCUUUGUUGGUUUGGAAGCCUUAUAACCUGGAUGACAAAAUUGUGAGGAUUUUCUUUCCAGGUAAUGCUCCACAACAUAAGGUUGUUGAAGGAUUUGAGAAGGUGAAAACUUUUGGCUUCUUGAAAUAUGCCACCUGCACAGCAAGGGACCUGACAAAGCCUCCAGCCAUCAAGAAACCACUAUCAGGGCCAGGUAAAGUAAGUAUUGGAAGCAAAGCUGUUUCCAUGGGACCAUCAUCAUCCAGAAGUGAAACAAGGAAGAACUUGAAUAGCACCAAACUAGAAUCACCCAGUAAAGAAGAUAAGACAGAGAAAUCUGAAACAAAAUCUCUGUCGCCAUCAAAAUCAUCUAAAUCUGUCAGAGAUGAAAACAGUAAGAAGAACUUAAAGCUCGAUGAGAAAGCUAAAUUCAUUGAAAAAGACAUUCAUCUCAAAUCAGGUGAAAAAGAGACCAAAGCCAUCAAGGAUGUAAGACCAAUUACUGUUCCGAGUCCAGUAAGAGGGUCUGGGACUCUGAGCAAAGUGUCUUUUCCUUCUAAGUCUGUCACGUCAAUAAAGUCAUCAUUACCACAUGAGUCAUCACCAGUGAAGUCUGCCACCAAAACUACAAAAACUUCAAGUGCCAAAGAAGUUGCCAAAGCUAAUUCUGCUAGUCAAAUAGAAUCUGAUACUUUAAAUGUUGAUCAUCUAGAUCAGAGUAACUUACAACCAAAUGCUGAGUAUACAGACCAUUCUCAGAAAUAUCAAUUGGAAUCUCAGAAGAUUUCUGAAACUUGCGAUGCUGUCGGGGCUAUUAAUACAGUAAAAGUCAUUGAUGAUGUAUCUGCCACUGUACUCACUGCUGACAAAUUCAGGCUUGAAGAUUUGGGGAUUUAUGAAGAGGAACAAGACAUAAAUGGUUAUGAAAUAAGGGAUAAAUAUGAACUGGAAGACCAAGAAAAACCCCAGGCUUUACCAGAACCAACUGUCAUGAUUGAAUCACCUAGUCAAGGAAUGGAAGGUCUGCCUGAUUAUAGCAGAACUGAGUUAUGUUCACAGGAAAUAUUUGAAUCCUGUCCUGCUGAAGGAAAGCAGACAUUAGGUGAGGAGAUUCAGAACAAUGAUGCUUCAGUUGUGGAAAUCCUUCCCUCGUCAGAGCUUUCAUGCGAUGAACAACAGGGUUAUCAUUACCCGUCUUCAGUUAAGCUGCCGUCUGAAUUUGAGACGCCUACUUUCACCAAUGAUGGCCCAGAUCCUAGAGCUGCCAAUCAUGCACCUGUAGAACAGAACAUCCAAUAUGGUAUUAAUAAUUCCUCAAAUGGACGAGAUAUGGGAGGUAUUCAGGAAGUUGAUGAGGAGGAGCAUGAUGAUGAUGGCAGUGUCACAAGGGAAAAUGAUGUUUACAAGGAAGGAUCGGCUGAUAGAGAAUCACUUCGAGGAAUGGGUAUUUGUGAUGAUGAUGAGGAGGAGGAGGUAGAGUGUGAUGAUGAAAUUAAAGAAGAUCUGGAAGAAGAAGAACAAGGCAGUGAAAGAGCUUCUGCUGAAAGACAGUUUGAGGAUGUUGAAGAAUCUACUUAUCAGGAGAAUCAAGGUGAACAGGAUACAGAUAACUCUUAUUCUCAACGAGACAUUGAAGACAGAGAUUCUAUUGAUGGUGGUACCCCAGAUAAUGAGCAAAACAUUGACGAGAUUGCUGUUUCUGAACUUAAUGGAAAAAUAAAUGAGGUUGAAGAAGAAAUAGAAAAGAUUGCUGGUCACAGGUUUGUUGAAGAUACCGCAUUAAAUCCAUUUUUUGGUGUUGAAGACACAAACAUGGGACACAGUGUACAGAGUCAAGAUUAUGUUGAUGAAUCUGAUGAUAAAUCUGAACCUUCAUUCGAUGCUCUGGCACAUUGGGGCCAUCCAAUGGGACUGCCCUCACCACCUCUGAGAGCUUCCCCAAACAGUUCAGAAAAGCCAUCAGGAGCCGCAAAGGUUGAUGGGAAGAAACGAGCAAAGACUGCACCUACUAUCAGCAAAACUGGAACUCGCCCAGCCUCUGCCGCUGCUACAAAAAGAAUGUCAACAGGCUCUAGCAGAUCUUCUCCUUUGAAUGCAAAGACCCCAAUUCUUCCACCAAUGACCCCUUUCUAUGUUGAUCUGACAUAUGUUCCCUGUCACGGAGAUUCAUUAUAUGCCGACGCUGAGUUCUUCAAACGAAUUCGUGCUCGAUAUUAUGUUAUUAGUGCCUUAACCCCAAAUCCUCAAGUGCUGGAUUAUUUACUGGAAGCAAAGGCGACUUGGGAACAAAAGGAACUGGAAGUCACCAUCAUUCCAACAUACGACAAUGAAACCCUUCGCCAUUGGAUGGGCUUAAAUGCAGAAAAGUUGCAGGAACUGCGAGUGGAUCUGAAGCCGGCUGUCAGUCGAUGCACAAUUCAGCUUCAGGAUCUUGAAACAUGUCUUCCUGCUUACAGACUUGAGGUCUAA